AUGGCAGAAGAAAAAAACGACGAUGCAGCAUUGCCUCCAACAGAAAUGAUCUACUACUCUUACGAGGGUAAUUUCGAGCUGGAAUGCAACUCUUCCAAGAUUGUGGGCAUUACGAAAGAUGGCGAUGAUGAUACUGUUGAAGUCUUCUUGGACCGAACUGUGAUGCACGCCCAAGGAGGCGGACAACCCACCGAUAAAGGAACCAUUACCUACUGUCAACCAACCAAUAAUAGCGAGGUGGUCAUUGCUGUGGACAAGGUCACCGUCAACCGUGCCACGGGGGUUGCCAGCCAUCGCGGCAAGACUACCAAUGCAUUGGUUUGUUUGCCAGCCGUGGGAACACCCGUCCGUGUGGCGGUGGAUGCCGAUACGCGACGAUUGCUUUCGGAAUGUCACACGGCGGGUCAUGUCGUCGAUUCGGCCAUGGCCAAGUGCGGCAAGCUCAUGAGACCGACCAAAGGCUACCAUUUCCUGGACGGGCCAUAUGUAGAAUAUGAAGGAAGCAUUGUGGCCGAUGAACGCCCUCAGGUUUUGAAGGAUUUGCAAGCUGCAUUCAAGGCAUUGGUGGAAGAAGAUAUUCCAACUAAAAUUGAAACUCUGCCCGAGGCAGAAGCCAAUGAAGUUUGCAAUCGUAUUGCCAAAAAUUUUGACAUGAAGGAUUUCGGAGGAGGCAAGGAGGUACCCACCGACAUACGGGUUGUGACAGUGGCUGGCUUUCCGUGUCCCUGUGGUGGCACACACGUUAGAAGCACUGGAAACUUGAAAGCACGAAAGUGGGGGAUUCUUGGAAUGAAAGCAAAGAAAGGAGUGAUCAGAAUCAAAUAUGCCAAGACGCAUAAAACAGAGCAGCUACAGACUCGACUCCAUGCUGUCUCGUUACAAUAUUGA